AUGAACCCCGCCGCCCAAGGCGUUGCGCCGGCGGAGGAGGAGUCGCCGGUGGUGUGCACCGCAAACAAGUACAUCUUCGACCUGCACUCCUACGUUUGGAAAGAAAGUGACUGCCUUAUACGGAUUCCUCACCCGCACAAGGGCAUGGGCCACGGUGGCAUGCGAGUCUGCUAUGCAGUGGAGGACGUGGAUGAGGAGGGAGCUGGGACACCGAUGGUGGCUAAGAUGUUUCGCCGCAACAUCAGUGACGUUGUAGAGAAAGACUACUUCAACGAGGGAGCCGCACAGUGCAUGUGUGAGGAAUUUGCGAACAACUUUAACCGCAUUCACCUCACCAACGUUCACAAGCCGAACAUUUCUUUUCUUCAGUGCUACGUAGUUCGCAUCCCUCGCGAUACCAUCCCAGUUACUUCCCACAACAAACGUACAGGGUUUUUCUCUUACAAGACUCAAGAUACAGGGGAGGUGAUGUUUGUGAUGGAGCCGAGGCUGAGCGGCAAAUUCACCAAGUACAACAGCAACUAUGGCGAAACCUACCGCGAGGACAAAAAAGCAGCCCUCACCUCGUCGGAGGCGAAGCGGCGAACGGAGAUCUUUGAAGCAGCAGAGGCCUUCUCACACUUUACCCUAGUGGAGAGUGGUGGCUCGAUGCUCGUGUGCGAUCUGCAAGGCGUUAAUGACUUUCUUACAGACCCGCAAAUUCACACGGAGGACGGCAAGGGACUCGGCAUGGGCAACAUGGGGCAGGAGGGCAUCGACAAGUGGAUAGAGAAGCACGAAUGCAAUGAGAUCUGUCGCGCACUGGGUCUGCAGCCUUUGCUUGAUGCCGUGCCCAACUCGACGGCGUCCCCGAAGACGGACAAUGUGUAUCUGGGACUGCGCGCCCAGCUGCAGAGUCAAAACCCUGUCCGUUUGCGCGAUUUAGUCCCCCUGACCAAGCCGCUCGAGGAGAUGACAGAGGCAGAGCGUAUCGAGUACGCCUUGAAGGUCUCACGACUCACAGAUUAG